UCGCCGUGUGAGUAUGCCCACAUACGCGGAAGCCCACUCUACCGCAGCCUUAGGGCUGCGAGUCCAAACCGUCGAUCUGACGUCUUUUGGCGGCCCGAUCGACGGUUGGGGAAAGGGCUGGUGCCGGUCGAGAGGUAGAUCGCGUGGCCGUCUGCUGUCACGUUUGGACGGGUAAUCGUACGGACAGGGCGUGCGAAAGCGGCCGGAAGCGGACCAGCCGGUAGUGAUUCUCCUCCCCAACGGGGCGUAGGAAAGCGGCUUCGCGAGAGGAAUAGCGAUGGCGACGAUCUCGAACGGCUAUCUAUGGUGUUGCCGAUUCGCCUGAGCUACUAUGGCAAAGAUAAUCAAGGAGAUGCUGCCGCCUGACGUCAGAGUGGCAAAUGAUGCCAGGGACAUGCUUGUUGAAUGUUGUGUUGAAUUCAUAAAUCUCGUCUCUUCAGAAUCAAAUGACAUCUGCAGCAAUGAGGAGAAGCGAACGAUUGCACCCGAGCAUGUAAUCAAGGCCUUGGAGGCACUAGGCUUCGGGGAGUAUGUCAUGGAGGUGUCUGCAGCUUAUGAGCAGCACAAAGCAGAGUCCUUGGAAUCGCCCCGGAUAGGAGCUAAGUGGAAUGACGGUGGAUUAACAGAAGAGGAGGCCAUAGCCAAGCAGCAAGGGAUGUUUGCAGCCGCAAGGGCGCGCAUGAAAGCCAUGGGCGCCAAACAGCAGCAACAUGUCUAGCGAUAGUCAAUAUACCAGAAAACGAAGAGUGUCUCGUCCACAUGUGUGAUUCAUCGUUGCAUCUGUGAAUGUGUUUGCCAAUCUGUCAGCAAUGAUAUCUCGAAGCUGUGAUCCCUAGAGUGUGCAGGAAUUUUUGGAAGUUGUCCCGGCAAGUGGUGUUUCGAUUAGACGCAUCUGGUGUUGAUGAUUGAACGGAUGCCGCUGAUCAUUCGGCGUUAUCUUCUUUGCGGGGACAUAUGAGCCAGAGGUUUAGAAGCUGUCGAAGGGUGAUGGAAUUUCACCCACAUGGAGAGGAAUACAUGUUGGGUUGGAGGCAUGCUGUGCAUUGUGACGAUCUUUAAUCGCAUCCCAUAUUCUCUCCUCUCUUCCUACCUUCUUACCUCCCAGCCUCCACAACCUCCCACCCACCCCCUUGUUUUGUAAGCUGUUGGGUCUUCUAAUACGCUCUUGGUAAAUAUGUCUAGACCACAGCAUACGGGUUGUUGCCGAUAGAUUCUGCGUUUUGCCACUCAGCGAGGCUGCUGGGAUUAGUCAUGCUAUAAAGUGACGUUGUUCGUUGUUUCUUGUUGCUGAUUGGACUGCUCUUUAUUUCUUCAGGGACUACUGGAGGAGAUGGGCGAUUGCUGGGAAAAAGGGUAAGGCAUUUUGCUCAUACUUGUGGCGCAUUAGUGCGGUGCGCGAUGCG